UAUGUCAUCAAUCUGCGACUCCUCACCAAUGCUCCUCACAUGUUCACGUCAAUACAUCCGUGGUUCACGUUCUCAACACCGUAGCCUACAGUAUAGUCGGAGACGGUUUAUGGAGGAUCUUUGGUGAAGUGCACAACGGGACCAGUUUCUGAUAAGUAAUAAGUGGUUUUCUGGUCCUUCAUUCUUAAAGAACAGCUGUUCCUCUCCUCAUCUUCCUCCAGUCAGACAUGAGUGACAGCAGCGACGAUGACGUCCCGACGCUGUCGGCUCACACUCUGGCCGCCCUGCAGGAGUUUUACAACGAGACCAGCGAAGCCAGCGCUCCGCCAUCAGACCAGUUUGCUGUGGGAGCAGUGGACGAGGACUGGCGGAUGAGUCAGUUCUGGUACAGUGACGAGACAGCAGCUCAGUUAGCUGAGGAGGUCGUACGUGAAGCUGGAGAGGGAGGCAGCAUAGCGUGUGUGAGCGCGCCCAGCGUGUACCAGAAGUUGAAGCAGGGUGUGGUUGAAGGCUCGGACCGGGUGUCUGCCGUCGUGUUGGAGUACGACCGCCGCUUCGCCAUCUACGGCGAGGACUUCAUCUUCUACGACUACAAAGAGCCGCUGGCUCUUGUGGCCAACGUGGCUCCUCAGAGCUUCGACGUGGUCUUGGCCGACCCGCCAUACCUGUCCGAGGAGUGUCUGAGCAAAGUGGCCGAAACCAUCAAGUACCUGAGCAAAGGCAAAGUGCUGCUGUGUACAGGAGCCAUCAUGGAGAAAUUCGCCAAAGACCUUCUGGAUGUAAAAAUGUGCAGCUUCCUGCCAAAACACAACCGAAGCUUGAACAAUGAGUUCCGCUGUUUUGUCAGCUAUCCGUCUGGCCUGCUGUCCUGAACCUGCGGAGGUCUGAUGAACACUUUGACUGUUGAGAGCAGAAAGAGCCUGAUGGAGGGAGGACAUUCUCCAGCACAGUGCUGUUAGUUCUGUGGUCCUCUACUGGUGAAGAAUGAAGGGAUGCGUUAACAAUGCAGUGAAGGUGGACAUUUUCAGGUGCUCAACGGCACCUCAGUGGUGGUAAUGAGAGAGGGGCACGCACUGUUGUUUUACUUUCCCCACCUAGAUCUAUCCUGGCAACAACUUUCCGUUCACAAGCUCGCUUUUCUAACCCUUAGGCCACCACUCCCCAUACGCAUAGGCUUGGUAACCCAUGUUAAAUUGAUUGACAUUAAUUUUGGUUAAUAGUUUGUUGGUAAUCGAUAAAAAAAAAAAAAAAAAUUUAUGCAAAUCAUCUGGAAUAUUUGUUGUUUUGAUGACGAGUUAUUAUUAAAGUGGGUCAGAAUGAAUGAACUUGCAGUUGUAUUUCAACAUCAGUAGGUGGCAGCAUUGAUUAAUAAUGAGGCAUUUUAUUCCAUUGGUCAAUAUUUGUUUGUGUUAACUUUGUUGGUCCACCCAAAUUACAAAUAAACACAUUCUCAUUUAUUUCUCUA